AUGGUCCUCGACUUUCUGGUUUCCCUCGCGCUGGUCGCGUUCUUGUUUGCGCUACUCGGUAGGCGCUUGGCAGAGGCGGAGGCGGAGUUGCAGGCGCAGAAACGGCUUGCUGGUCUUGCUGAUCGUGCUGGUAACGAUCAGGAGCAGGAGUUAAGGUCGUUGCUGUCGUCAUCCGCAAGAGAACGGCGGAUAGAGUCUCUGCGUCGACAGGCGAGCCUGUUGACUAGGAUGAUUGACUGCCUGGAGCAGUCUAUCUUUUCUGUCCCCUCGGUGCCUGUCCCUCUUGUCCCCCCAGUUCCCCCAGUUCCUUCGGUCCCUGUGCCUGAGCCCGAGCCUGAGCCCGUGCCCGUGCCUCAGCGCCAGAACCUCUCGUUUGCCCCUAUCAUGGGCGUAGUAGAUAUUGCGCCAGAACCUGCGCCAGAGCUCGCGCCUGUGCCUGUGCUGGAGCAAGAACUGGAGCAGGAGCCUGAGCCUGAGCCUGAGCCUGAGCCUGAGCCUGAGCAUGACCCGGCUGGUCCGGUUCAAGCUCGGACUCCGGCUCCGGCUCCGUGCGAAAUCCAACUCUUCACGGUAGCUGAGUUUGCCCCGGUACCGGUUGCCCCUCCCGUUGCCCCUCCCGUUGCCCCUCCCGUUGCCCCUCCCGUUGCCCCUCCCGUUGCGCCUCUGGAGGAGGAAAAAGUAAAGGAGGAAGAAGAAGAGGUGGUGGAAGAGAGUGAGCCGGGAAACGGGUCCAUCCCGGUCCCGCUCCCUGCGGCCGUUUGUUCACCUGUCGCUGGCUCGCCGCCGCCGCCGCUGUCGCCUUGUCCCUCUGGCGUUCCUCUGCCUGUUUCUCCUCCUGUGUCUCCACCGCCUUCUCCGUCUGCUGUUCCUUUGCCUGCCUCUCCGCCGCCUUCUCCGUCUGUGGUCCCUCUACCUGCCUCUCCGCCAGCUCUUGCGUCUCCGUCCCCGCCUGCCGUUGUCGCAAUCGCCAACGAUCCCGAUACCCCACUGGAUAACGGCAAGAAGAAGCGGCGGCGGCGGCGGCAAAAGAAAAAGAAGAAGAACCCGGCCGGGGCUGACGAGGGCAAGGAAUCUACCCCGAUUACCACUACCACGUCCCUGGCCCCUCUGGCCGUUUGUUCGCCUGUCGCUGGCUCGCCGCCGCCACCACCGCCACUGCUUUCUCCGUGUGCCAUUCCUUUGCCUGCGUCUCCUCCUGUCACUCCGCCACUAUCUCCAUCUGCCAUCCCUCUGCCUGCGUCUCCUCCUGCCUCUCCGCCUGCUCUUACAUCUCCGCCUGCUGUCGUCGGAACAGCCGCCGCCGAUGCCGUUGCCGAUACCCCACUGGACAACGGCAAGAAGAAGCGGCGGCGGCAAAAGAAAAAGAAGAACCCGGCCGGAGCUGACGAAGGCAAGGAAUCUACCCCGAUUACCGCUACCGCGUCCCCGGCCCCUCUGGCCGUUUGUUCGCCUGUCGCUGGCUCGCCGCCGCCGCUUUCUCCAUCUGCCGUUCCUCUGCCUGCCUCUCCACCGCCUUCUCCGUCUGCUGUUCCUUUACCUGCGUCCCCGUCUGUGGUCUCUCUGCCUAUGUCUCCGCCUGCUGUCGUCGGAGCCGCCAACGAUGCCGGUGCCGACGCCGAUACCCCACUGGACAACGGCAAGAAGAAGCGGUGGCGGCAAAAGAAAAAGAAGAACAACCCGGCCGGAGCCGACGAGGGCAAGGAAUCUGCGCCGCCUACCGCGUCCUCGGCCGCUGCCCCUGCCCCCGACAACUCUUCUUCAUCUUCUCUGCCAGUGCCGGUGACCGACAUCGCGCCGGACGAAGACGGCAACAAGGAGAAGAAGAAGAGGAGGAGGAGGCAGAGGCGGAAACAUGAGCCUAAGGAGCCGGAGUAG